UUUAGUCCUCAUUUCAAUAAGGUACCAAGAUGGCUGAAGCUGAUCUUGAAAACAUGAAAGUGGAAGAGUAUGCCACCCAGUUUUUUGGAUUCACACCAAAGUCAUUCUGUAAUGGAGUGUACAACGCCGUGAAUGACUACAUCAUGGAAUGUAUGAAAGCAGUAGAAACCUACCUCACUGAGAAGUGCAGUGACUCAUUGUCUGAGGAUCAAAUUGAAACAGGUACUGAUUUGAUCCUGCAUCAGUACAUGGACACCUUCAACAGGACUUUUGAACGUUUUGAAUGUUAUGUUUUAAAGAAUAUCUUUAGUAUUCCAUCCUAUAUUCUGCUAAAUGAAGAUACCCCACAAAUGCAUCAAUAUACUCCACAAGAAGAAUCUCUCCUCGAUGCAGAAAUUGAUGACUUGAAAAUGAAAGUCUGGGUGCUAAAAGGUGCUAAUGCAAAACUCCGUAAUUGCCUCUCUGAGAUGGAGCAGUCUUCUAAAGAUGUGGAUUUAGCUACUGUAAGGUUAGCAGCAUUACAGGACCUAAUGUCAAAGUCAGGAGUUUCGCACCCUCAUGAGAGCUUGCAGUUAACAUAUGAGAACAUAGAGAAAGGAAAGAAGCUGAUUGAAAAAUUAGUACAGGAAUCCGAAGAAAUAGCCGGUCCUAGCCUCUGAAAGUUGUGAAAGAUAGGGUGGCAGAGUGGAUUCAAAUACUGCAAGGAACCUUUACUUGAUUCUUCCCAUUGGUGGAUCCAGAUGGUGCACAACAACCUUGAAAAUGUUUGUGUUGGUAGUUAGAUAUUUGGAAAAAGCUGUUGCAAGAAGAGAAACAUUGAAUUGGAGUGAAUAUUGAAACCUUUCACUUUUGCUUCCAAGAAGCAUUUUAUCUUUUUUUUUUUUUUUUUUUUUUUUUUUUUUUUUUGUGGCACCUCCUGGCUUUACUUUUGACUUUUUUUUUUCUUUUUUCAACUUUUGUUAUCUUUUCUUUUUUGUAACUAUUCAAGCAGAAUUGAUGCAGUGAGGGUAACAGGCUUAACAAAAUUGCAAAAUACUAAGUUCAAUUCCUACCAUGUUUUGAGUUUUUGAAUUUCAGAAUAGAUUGAAUAGUUUGAAGAGAACUGGUGGAGCUAACCUUAGUGUGAGGUUUAAUGGUGGUGGCCAGGACAUUUUCCCAUGGUAAUUGGACUUGUAGAGCAAUAAAGAAAAGCUUUGAGGGGUUUUAUUGUUUGUAGUUUUCAAUGUAAGCUAGACAGCAAAUACUUUGAGUGUGUGUGUAGGAAAGCUUUUUAUAUAAGCAGCUGGCCAUUUUUUGGUUGAGGAGUGAUUAAGAUUCUUCAAAAUUGUUAGGCUUGUUAAUCUCAUUGGUUACAGUUUUGAUAAGAUACUUCCAUGCAUUGUCCAAUGCAUGGAAGUAUCUUAGUUUUCAUAUCAUGGCAAUCCUAUAGAGUGGGUAAGGGUUUUUUUUUUCUUUACUUGUUCUAAUGGGACUAAUUAAAUUGAUACUGUUAAUAUUGUCACUCAUGCAAGUUAAAUGCCAUCAGGAAAAAAAAACUGAAGUUGGGAGGAAAUUCAAUUGGGCCAACAGUAUGGAGGAAUGAAGUGGUUUGUGUUGGUUUGAGGGAGGGAUUAGACAAUGUGGGUGAGUGCUAAAUUUGCUUUAUAGCCAAAUUGUAGUAGGUCAGGGAACUUUUUAACCAAUUACCCUAAAAUAUAUCUAUUUAUGCCAAUGUUACCCCUUUAUUUGAAAGGAAGAAAAUCAUAGAUUCUCUGAAUUCAAAAGAUUUAUUGAAUCUAUUUAUAUGAAUCUAUUUACAUAUCCAUUACGUUGGACAGAUGCAGUGUUGCAAGAAAAAUUUCUAUCAUAGUAAGGAACAUGUUUUUUUAUAUAAUUUUACUUAUAUCUAAUGAGUCCUCAUUUCCCCCAAGAAUUUUAUUUUUACAUUUUAUCUCAUAUUGGGUAAUUUACCCUGGUUUAAUGUCCUUUAUUUUAGAUCUGUCUUCUAUACUUGGCGUUUUCUCUCUAAUUCUGAUAUAGAUUCAGCUUUGAGAAUUAGAUCAUUGGCUUUAAGGCAUUCUUGUUGAGAACCAGUCUUAAACUUAUGUCAUGGUCUGUAGGAUUAUCAUGAAUAUGAAAUGACAGAACAUUGACAGUUCUGCAUAUAAUGAAUGCACAACACCUGUGAUGAAUUAACAAGAUUUACUUCACUGCACAAGUAAUUUUCUUGUUGGUUGUGAAUUAGCUGCUGCAACAAAUUUGAUACAAUGUGAAAAAUAAUUCUGUAGCUUUUACAAAUUGU